AUGAAGUUUGCAAUUUUGUUAGGGAUUAUCGUGCAAGCAGCUAUUGAAUUAAAUACAAAUAUAGGCCUAGAAAAAACUGACGAUGACUAUCAAAAGUUUGAAAGUAAUUUGCAAGUUUACGAUGAAAAUUAUAAAAUUGCAUGUGACUGCUCUGAUGUGGCUGUUAAAAAAAUUGAAGGGGUAAAAUGUCAUCCAAGUAAAAUCAAGCUUUCUCAGGAUAAAGAAGGAGAGGGAGCUAGUUAUGAAACCGUCAGCGAAAAGCUUUCAAGUAAGAAUUUUACUUAUGUGAAAUCUAGUAAAAAUUCAUUUGGCUGUUUAGAUGGAAGAAUUAAUAGAGAAAUCUUAGGGACGCCAGGCGGGGAUGCUGGUGAAUUUAUUUUGGCUUUACUUGUAUUUGAAGAUAUUACAGAAAAAUCUUUGGAUCAGGAUGAUGUUGAUCGCUACUUAGAAGACUGGCUGAGUCUUAUGGAUUCAGAGCAUUUUUAUAUGUGCACUGAUGACUAUUCUAUUUCUCAUAUAGAACGAGAACUUUCAGUAGAAGGAUUAGAUAUAAUGAAUCCAAGAAAAACACUUAUCGACGACUUAUUAGACGUUAUUUCUGAUCCAAACAAUAUAGGGGAUUCUCAUAUUAAGUUAAUGCUAGAGUAUCCUGAACUAUACUCUAUAAGGCCAAAUGUAAUUCAGCUGUUUAUCAAAGCAUUCUACAAAAUCCUAUGAGAUGAAGCCAAUAUUUUAAGAAAUUAUUUAUUCCUUGAUGUUUUAUCAGGGUCACAUAAUGAAGUCGGAUUUUUGGAAAUUCGGACAAACCAAGAGUGCUUAAGUGAUGAAGUGGCACCAUUAAUUACCCCAAAAGAGCCAGGAAAGCACGGGCUUAGCUUAUUUGUUAACCAUCUCGAUGCGGUCAAUAUCAAGAGAAGGAGACUUGCUGAGUUUUUUGCUGAAAAAAUUGCGAAAAAUAAAGAUGGAAUUACAAUUGAAAAAAUGCAUAGUCGGAUGAACCAUCAUGGGCUAUUUUUCUCUUACUCCCCCCCCCCCCCCUCCGUGAGCGAACAAAACCAUUAGAAAAAUCGCCAUUUUUUGACCAAAAACCCACCCUCCGUGAGUGAACAAAAAUUUUUUUAAUAGAAAAAAUUUUAAUGGAAAAAAAUUUUGAUAUAUAAGUGAUAAUUAGUAUAAUGAAAUCUAGAGCUAAUUCUGUUUAAUUUUAAACAAAUUGCGUUUUAAAACAUAAAUUUUGCAAAUUAAAUUAAUAUUUGCUUCCCAAUUUUUGCAAAUUAGGAUUUUUUUAAUUUCGAAAAAAAUAUUUUUUUAUAAAAUUUAUAUAUAAAUUUUUUUUAAAAAAAAAAAAUUAACCCCCCUCCGUGAGCGAACAAAAUUUUUUUGUUCGCUCACGGAGGGGGGGGGGGGGGAGUUAGAUAUUACAGGAUCUUAUAUUGCCAAAGAGUUACCUUUUUACACAGCUUUUUUUGUAUAA